AUGAUUAUUAAAGAAGUUAGAGUUAUACCGGAUGAUGCAGGAUUGUACAUGCCGGAUGAUAUUCCAAAAUUUGUUGAGAAAUACAAAGCAAGAACUGCUCGCAAGCCAAGAGUAAGAAGAACAGAUCUUGUUAAGGGAAUGGUCGUCGUUGUUUUGGAAGGGGUCUUUGCAUCGAAGAGAGUAGUGUACUUGAAGGGAUUGGAGGAUAAUCUUGCACUCUGUGCAGGCCCAAAGUCCAUUAAUGGAGUACCACUUUUUAAGAUUGACGAGAGAUAUCUGUUAGCAACAUCCACAGUCUUGGAUAUCAAUGUGAAUGUAGACAUUGACGAAAAGGACAUCAUUCUGACUAAGAGGGAUGACUACACCGCACCUAUGGAUGUUGAGAUGACCGAUGCCGAGAAGAAAAUUGAUGAAGAGAUUGCAAAAGUUGCCAAGGAGAUCAAAUUCAUGAAGUCUUAUCUUUCAGAACCAUUCGAGAUUGACACUACAAGAAAUUUCUAUUCUUUGAAGUAUUAA